AAUUGUCAUGAGUGCAUGACCUUGUUAUCAUACUCAGCCUUGUCUGGAAUGCAUUUUUUCUUUAUUCUCAUCAACAACUCACCACAGAUUGCAUUCACUUUUCGACCAGCAUCGGUGGUGGACACUCGUCUUGGUAGUCAUUUAUUUCUGCAAGAAUUGAAAGGCAAUCGGGAUAAGAUAAUUCUGUGAUACAAGAUGAGGAUAGCAGUGAUAGGUGCCGGGGCAGCGGGCUUGGCUGCUCUUAGGCACUGUACUAAACAAAGCAAUCAAACAAAUAUCGAAGUAGUUUGCUACGAGCAGACCGGAGAGGUCGGUGGUACUUGGGUUUAUGUACCAGAAGUUGGAACAGAUGCCUAUGGCCUACCUAUACAUUCCAGUAUGUACAAAAGUUUGAGAACCAAUUUACCUAAAGAAGUUAUGGGGUUCCCAGAUUAUCCCAUUCCAGAGAAUCCCAAGAGUUAUUUAACUCGUGCGGAAUUAGUCGAUUUUAUAAAUUCAUACUGCAAUCAUUUCAUGCUCAGACAAUAUAUUCAGUUUUAUCAUCAUGUGGAAUUUGUCGAGCCAUUGUCAGGUGAUGAUACCGGAAAGUGGUCAGUACAGGUUGAGGAUCUGACAAAAAAUCAAGUAUCAAUUGAAAUAUUUGAUGCCGUCAUGGUUUGCAACGGCCACUAUUUCCAGCCUAAUAUACCUAAGAUUUCUGGCGAUUCAUCUUUCAAGGGAAAUAUGUUGCACAGUCACGAUUACAGAGUUCCAGAAUUUUUCUCCGGUAAAAAAGUCGUUGUCUUUGGAGCUGGACCAUCUGGAAUGGACUUGGCUCUGGAAAUAUCGAAGACUGCUGAUCGUGUUAUUUUGAGUCAUCACCUAACUGUGCCAUUUCUCACCAAGUUCCCGGAUAACGUUAUACAAAAGCCAGACCUCGCUGAGUUGACGGAACACGAAGCAGUCUUUAAAGAUGAUUCGUCUGAAAUUGUCGACACAAUUUUUUACUGCACAGGAUACAAGUACAGCUUUCCGUUUCUGGAUGAAAAUUGCGGGGUAAUCGUUGACUCAAAUAUGGUAACGCCUCUGUGGAAACACAUGCUGUCAAUUGAAAGGCCAACGUUGGCCUUCAUCGGGCUGCCAUACUACGUUUGUGCUUUUAGCAUGUUUGAUUUACAGGUCUGUUUUAAUUUCCCAGAACCUAAUCAGUCGCAGUGUUAUGUCCGAUCUGCUUGUUGCCUCCAGGUUCGAUUCGCUCUUAAAUUUUGGCUGGGGGACAAAAAACUGCCUACAAAAGAAGACAUGUUGGCGGAAGAGAAGAGAGAGAUUGAAACCCGUAGGAAGGAAGGCUUGUCCAAGCAACAAUUUCACAUGAUGGGACCAAAACAAGGACGCUACUACGAAGAACUUUCGGAAACUGCUGAUUUGGAUCCUCUUCCUCCGGUUCUGACUACUCUUCACAAUGAGAGCAGUCAAAGAUUCUUGGACGAUCUUUCUAAUUACCGAGAAGAUCGUUACAAGAUUAUCGAUAACUAUAAUUAUGUACAACUUUGAUUAUUUCCUCAUGACUUCAAAGUUAAAUUUUUAUAGAUGGAAUAGAACGUGUAAAUACAAUAUAAAUAUAAAUGGAUAUAAAAAUGA